CCUUGGCACGCGGCUCCAGAUGCGGGUGCACAAGACAACUGCUACCACUCAUUUUAGAGCGGCACGGAUUCUCUCUCAUCCUGAACUUCUCCGCUGCACUGCUUGGCUCUAGCUGCAUGUGCCUUGGGCAUUGUUAUUCACUGCUGUUGCUACCCAGAUCACGCUCUGAUCGUCAGGCAUUGCCCGAGAAAUCACCCCGCAGCAAGGAUUCCCAGACUUCUCACCAACGCUGCCCGUCCAGCACCAAUUUCCCGCAGGCAGACAACAACUCCUCGAAGCCAGCAACAUCUCGGAUUCCUCCCACCAUGGCCAGCAUCUUCCGCCGCAUCUACGACUGGCUCUUGCGCCUGUUCUGGGCUACUGAGAUGGAUAUCACCAUGAUAGGCCUGCAGAACGCCGGCAAGACGUCGUUGUUGAGAGUUCUGGCGGGCGGGGAGUUCACCGUCGACUCCAUCCCCACUGUUGGUUUCAAUAUGAAGCGAGUGCAGAAGGGUCAUGUCACCCUGAAGUGUUGGGACCUUGGAGGCCAACCCAGAUUCCGUUCCAUGUGGGAGCGGUACUGUCGGGGAGUGAAUGCGAUGGUUUUCAUCGUCGACUCCGCCGACAAGGGGGCUCUCCCCGUUGCCCGCGAGGAGCUCAAGCUCUUACUUGAAAAGCCAGCAUUAGAGGGCAUUCCUCUUCUUGUGCUCGGCAACAAGUCGGACCUUCCCGACAAGCUCUCGGUGGAUGAACUGAUCGACGCUUUGAACCUCAAGUCGGUGUCGCAUCGCGAAGUGUCGUGCUACGGCAUCAGCGCGAAGGAGGAGACGAACCUCGAUGCCGUCCUCCAGUGGUUGAUCGCUCGAGCGAGCAAAUAGGCGGUGUUUGGAGUUGGCGUAAGU